AUCUCUUUAUUCAAGAUCAAAAACCUUUAAUCACUAUGCAGGAUCACAUUGCUCCUAGUGUAAGUUAGUUACUACGUAACCAAUCAAGUCAAAAUCGAUUAAAACAAUGGUUUGGUUUUCUAAGGAACCUUGAAAGACCGAUUCACCAACUUACAAAGCUUUUAGUUUUUGUCAUGGUAUUGGUACUUUACUUCUUUCUUUAAUUUUGAAAAUCUCGGUUUAUCCUAGCUCAUUGAUAUGUCUUUCUUCUUCUUAAUUUGUAAUCAGUUGCAGAACGAUACAAUUAACAAUGUUACCUAAAUAUGUACAUUAUUCACCAGACAAAAAGCUAUACUGCAGAAUAGAGUAGGUAGGUCUGAGCUCUGAAAGCUGGAUGCUGCCGGAGAAGUCCAGUUUGCGAGUAUCUUGGGAGAGUUUGUGAAACACGUUGUUCCUACUUAAUGCAAGCUGGUCCGUGACGUCUUUAAUAUUAUUAGGGUCAAAUCUUCAAUCAAUUAUUAGUUCCAAAGAAUGGGUGAACAUAUCAAACCUAUGGAAAAACGUUUUGUCAGAUAUUAAUUUGUGUAGAGCCUACAGUAUUUAUAUACGCACAAUAAUUUACCUUUUGUGUAUAUAUAAAGGAUCGAAACUACUCAUACACCUCAAAACUUCUCUAAUAUCGAUCUAUUACUCUUCUCCUUUGAAUCUUUAAAUUCUACAGAGGUAUUAUAUCUUCUCUAUUAGUAAUUUAUACAUCAACCAUAAACCAUACUUAUAUUGUUUAAACACACAAAUAAAAGUUUUUUACACCAGUAAACCCCGUUCUAUAACUUAUGAAAAUCACUGCCGACGAAAAUGUUAAAGAUAUCUAUCAUUCCCAUGAAGAAUUUUAGAUCAGUAAAUAUAUUGCAUACAUAGUUCUCUUCCAUUUGUGUGUGAUAAAAGCACAAAACCAUUAUAUUUCAUACGUAAACUUGUUGCAUUCCUGCUUCUUGUGGCUCCCCAAAUAUUAAAACACUCUGUUUUGUGUUUAAGAAAGAAUCAACGGUACUCUCCCACUGAGUAGCUCCAUGGAGAAGAGUUUCCAACGAUCUGCUCUCCUUGUGACUUUGUCUCUCUUCUUCUUCUUCUCCAUUCCGGUUUCACUCUCUGUUCCAUUCGUUCUGUUUCAUGGGUUUGGUGGUGAAUGCUCAAAUAAUAAAGUUAGCAACUUAACACAGUUCCUUAUCAACCACUCCGGCUACCCUGGAACUUGCGUAGAAAUAGGAAAUGGAGUGCAAGAUUCCUUGUUCAUGCCGCUUAGGCAACAAGCGAGUAUAGCUUGUGAGAAAAUUAAACAGAUGAAGGAGCUGAGUGAAGGUUACAACAUUGUUGCAGAGUCUCAAGGAAACUUAGUCGCUAGAGGACUAAUCGAGUUUUGCGACAAUGCUCCACCAGUCAUCAACUAUGUCUCCUUAGGAGGACCUCAUGCUGGCGUCGCUGCAAUCCCCAAGGGGUGUACCUCUCCAUUUUGUAUGCUCCUGAAGGCAGUGUUUGCAGUGAUCUACACCGACCUCGCUCAAGACCAUACUGCUCCAAGUGGUUAUGUCAAAAAACCUAUGGAAAUAGCAAAUUAUCUGGAACACUCCAAGUAUCUGCCAAAGCUAAACAACGAGAGACCUGCCACUUUUAAAGACCGUUUCACCAGCUUGCAAAACUUGGUUCUCAUCAUGUUCAGAAAUGAUACAAUAUUGGUUCCAAGAGAAACUUCUUGGUUCGGAUAUUACCCGGGUGGAGCUUCAUCUUCAACACCUGUUUUGCCUCCUUAAAAGACAAAGCUCUAUACUGAGGAUUGGAUUGGUCUGAAAACCUUGGAUGAUGCUGGAAAAGUGAAGUUUAUUAGUGUCCCUUGCGGACACAUCGAGAUAGCUGAAGAAGACCUUGUUAAAUACGUUGUGCCUUACCUCCAGAACGAGUCUACGUUCACUUCUGAACACGAAGCAAUGUAGACAUUGCAAUCGUGAACCCAUUUAAUAAAAAAGGCCUCAUCCGAAAAUAAGGUCCUAUAUCAUCAAUGUAACAUCAUCAUCUAUGUAUCAGUGAGAUUAAAAUAAAAGCUUCAUCAUUUAUCAAAGACUAAUUAUCAUCUUAAUACAAAAAAAAAGAACAAUUUCAUCUCGUUA